AAAAACUUACCUGUAAUAGCGAAGUUAACUGUUUUUCUUAGUAUAAUAUUAUAAUGGCUGAUCAAGGCUGGGAUACCGGAGAAAUUGCUUAUUUGGCCGAUAUUCAACACCCCUUUGAAUAUAAAUCCGAAGCGCAAGUUAACAAAACGGAAACAGAAAAUUUAUUUUAUAACUUUCUUUCAAGUUAUCGAGAUUCCGACGAUACCUUUUAUUAUAGAGAUUUGUUAAGACGGCAAUACAAUUCUGGUAACUAUUUCGUUACUGUAAAUUUAGAGCACUUAAGUAAAGUAAAUGAAAUCCUUGCUAAUAAUAUUAUUGAAAAUCCUACGGAAUACCUUCCUCUUUUCGAGAAUGCUAUUAAUAGAGCUGUUGAUGAAAUGACUCGCCCGCGGCCACCUACUGCUCCUUUUAAGCCUCUGCAGUUGACAAUUUCCUCUGACCAAAAUCCUAUACCAAUUCGAGAGCUGGAUGCACAGCACAUUUCGAAAUUAGUAAAAGUCCCUGGGAUUGUUAUUAACGUUUCAUCCGUAAAAGCUAAAGCUACCAUUAUUUUUUUAGCUUGUAAAAAUUGCGGUAACACGAAGCGUAUUUCUUUAAAAUCUGGUUUCUCUGGGAUUAACUUUCCCCGCCGAUGCGACAGAGAACCGAUAGGUGGGGAAGAAGAUCGGUGCCCUUUAGAUCCGUACGAAAUUGUUGGCGACAAAUGCACGUUAGUGGACCAGCAAGUCCUCAAAUUACAAGAAAGUCCAGAAAUGGUGCCCACCGGUGAGCUACCUCGCCACGUGCUAUUGUCGGUCGACAGAUUUUUAACGAAUACCGUUAUGGCUGGAUCACGUGUCACGACAGUGGGGAUUUUCGACAUUUAUCAAAACUCAACUUUCAAAUCGAAGAGCGACUUGACCACACGCACUCCAUAUAUAAGAGUGGUUGGGUUCAUGCACGACAAGGAAGAAGACGGACGCGGCCACUUAAAUUACAGCAGCGAGGACGAGACGUUAUUUAUUGCGCUUUCAAAACUUCCCGAUAUUUAUGAAAGGAUUGCCCGUUCGAUAUCUCCCACGAUUUUGGGGAGCGUCGAUAUUAAAAAAGCACUUGCGUGUCUCCUAUUUGGUGGAUCCCGAAAGCGCCUUCCAGACGGCCUAAAACUUCGGGGAGACAUUAACGUGCUGCUAUUGGGUGAUCCGGGCACCGCCAAAUCCCAGCUGCUGAAGUACGUUGAGAAAAUGGCUCCUGUGGCAGUCUAUACAUCCGGAAAGGGCAGCUCGGCAGCUGGAUUGACUGCUUCUGUUAUACGGGAUCCAGCUUCCCGGGAUUUUCAUUUGGAAGCGGGCGCCAUGGUAUUGGCGGAUGGUGGUGUGGCGUGCAUCGAUGAGUUUGAUAAGAUGCGCGAGUCUGAUAGGGUUGCUAUCCACGAGGCCAUGGAGCAGCAGACUAUUAGCAUAGCUAAAGCGGGAAUAACUACAAUUCUUAAUUCGCGCACUUCUGUUCUGGCUGCCGCUAACUCGACGUUCGGGCGCUGGGACGAUUCCCCUGGCCCAGAACAAAAUAUAGACUUUCAAGCUACCAUUCUAUCCCGCUUUGACUGUAUAUUUAUAGUUAAGGACACUUACGACGAACAUUCCGACUCAAGCAUCGCCAUGCAUGUGAUCCGAUUCCAUCAAAAGUCUACCGAAGUUGGCUCAGAAACAUCUCAAACCAUUCUCGACCCUGAGUUGCUUAAGAAAUAUAUAAACUAUGCAAAGAGGACGUGUGGCCCACGCUUGUCCGAGGAAGCAAAAGAACGACUGAUCAGUGAAUUUGUCUCCUUCCGACAGAGCACCCGCAAUAGUAGAAGUGCCAUUACCGUAACAGUGAGGCAGUUAGAAGCCCUUGUGAGAAUAAGCGAGGCUAUUGCCAAAAUGAGACUUGCUAAGUUCGCUUCUCUUGGGGACGUGGAAGAAGCUUUGCGUCUUUUUCGUGUCUCCACACUGGACGCGGCCAAGAAUGGCGACGUGACAAUUUUGGAGGGUAUGCAAGGAAGUGGCGAUAAAAGUUUAUCCAGAGAAAUAGAAAAACGGAUACAACGUCGAUUCUUCAUUGGCGCAAACGUCAGUGAACGAGUGAUUAUAGAAGAUUUCUUGCAACAGGGGUACCCCGAAGCGGAAAUUCGGAAAGCUCUGUGGAUUAUGGUCAAGCGAGGAGAUCUUGAAUAUCGCUACCAAAGAAAAGUUCUUCAUCGAUUUAGAUAAAUCUUUAGAAAUUUUUUUUUCAUUCUAA